UCUCGUUGUUGUUGAAUGAAUUCCAGGAUUUUUCUUCACAGGAUCAUUUUCUCACUGGACAACAUGGUCAGAAUAGGUGCCUUGGCAAUUCAGAGCAACUUCUAUCCUUUCUUAAUUCUAUUAGAGAUCAGUUCAAUGAACUAAUUGGUCCUGUCAAGAGAUGCAUCUCAAUCUUUUGUACCCAUAUGGCAAAAAGUUUCAUUCAGGAACACAAUAUUGAGAACUUGACUAAGCUUUAUGAUUUGCUUGAUUCUUUUGAAAGUUUGCUGUUGCAAUAUAUUGGUCAACUCAGUGGGUUGGCUCCUUGUAGUGGAGUCUUUCAGAAGUCUAUUGUGUAUAUACUAGGUCUUCUCGAAAAGAAGGGAGAUGAAUGCUUUGAUCUUUUACAAAAUCUAAUUGUUUCUUUGGGCAAACUUAAGUUUCCCCAAGUGACAAAUUAUGAUUUCAUCUCGGAUUUCUGUUUCCAAAUGUCAUCCUUGUUAUUCUGUACGGCUUCAAGUUCCUAUAAAUUGUAUUAUGCGCCUAUAAAAUCACUCGAUGUUGUGGUUAUUGAUGAAGCUGCGCAGUUGAAGGAGUGUGAGUCCAUUAUACCACUCCAACUUCCCGAUCUAAGGCAUGCUAUUCUUGCAGGAGAUGAGUACCAGCUACAGGCCAUGGUGAAAAGUCAUAUUUCAGCGAGUGUUGAUUUUGGCCGAAGUUUAUUUCAGAGAUUAGGUUUGUUAGGCUGGUCAAAACACCUACUAAACAUGCAGUACAGAAUGCACCCUUCAAUAAGUGCAUUUCCAAGGAGGAUGUUUUACAGCAACAAAAUUACUGAUGCACCUAGUGUGAAGAGUGACGGCUAUGAGAAACGUUACCUUGAAGGAUUAUUCUUUGGUCCUUAUUCAUUUAUAAAUAUUACAGAGGGAAAAGAAGAAUUUGAUGAUAAUGGACAAAGCAGAAAAAAUAUGGUUGAGGCAGCAGUUGUCCGGGCUAUAGUACUUCGUCUUUACAAAGGAUGGUGCAAAUCACCCUGCAAUAAAAAAGUUAGCAUUGGUGUAAUAUCGCCUUAUUCUGCACAGGUUAAGGCAAUUGAAAGAAUGAUUGGUCAGAGAUUUUCGAAUCUGGAAAAUUUUACAGUGAACAUCAAAUCAAUUGAUGCGUUCCAAGGUGCAGAGGAAGACAUAAUACUGCUAUCUUUGGUCAGAUCUAACAACUUUGGCGAAAUUGGUUUCUUAUCUAAUCCUCAACGACUUAAUGUUGCAUUAACAAGGGCAAGACAUUGCCUAUGGGUGCUUGGAAAUGGGAAGACUUUAGCCAAAGCCAACCUUAUUUGGAGGGAUUUUAUCACCGAUGCUAAAGAGCGGAAAUGUUUUUUCAAUGCUAAUGAAGAUGAAAAAAUAUCAGAAACAAUCAUUUAUGUUAAGAAGGAACUAGAUCAGCUGGAUGAUUUGCUCAGCGGAAAUAGUGUGCUUUUUCGUAAUGCAAGGUGGAAGGUUCUCUUUGCUAGUAAUUUCAUCAAAUCAUUUUCAAAGCUGCAAUCAAGCCAAACAAAGAUGCAUGUGUUUAAUCUUAUAGGCAAACUUUCAAAUGGAUGGCGACCAAGGAAAAUCAAAGUCGAUCCUCCUUGUGAGAGCUCUGUUCGAAUUGUCAAGCAAUUCAAAGUUCAAGGCCUCUAUUUAUGA